AUGGUGCUACACCUCCUCGGCAAGAAGAGCUGGAAUGUGUACAACACCGACAACGUCGAGCGCGUGCGGCGCGAUGAAGCCGCCGCCCAGGCACGGCAGGAGGCCGAGGAGCAGCGCAUGCAGGAGGAGGAUGCCGCGACACGCAUAGCCCUCCUCCGCGGAGAGCCCCCUCCCGCCGCCAUCCGCCCUGUCCCGUCUCCUUUGCACGAGUCGAGCGAGCGGCGUCGAAGGCGUGAUGAUGACUCCCAGCCUCGUAAGCGCCGGCGACUGCGAGGAGAGGAUGAUACCGAUCGGGAUAUUCGCAUUGCCAAAGAAGAUGCCGAAGCUGGCGCUGUUGCCAGACAAGCCCUCGUGAAGCAUGCGGAAGAUGGCGAUGCCCCACUGCAAGACCAUGCAGGCCACAUCCAGCUCAUAGCCCCUCCGGACGAAAAGGCACUCCGCAAAGCAGAGAAGAACGCCGAGGCGGAAGCGGAGAAGGCGAAGAAGCGUAGACGUGAGGAAGACCAAUAUACCAUGCGCUUCAGCAAUGCAGCAGGCCUGCAAAACGGUAUGGCGAAGCCGUGGUAUACUUCUUCCAAAGAUGGCGGUGGCGCGAAGCUGCCGGAUGAGCCUAUGAAAGACGUCUGGGGUAAUGAAGAUCCGCGGCGCAGAGAGCGAGAGCACAGUCGUAUUUCCUCCAGUGAUCCAUUUGCCGCGAUGCAACAAGCUCAGCGUCAGUUGAAGCAAAGUGAGGCUGAUAAGGAGAAGUGGAGGAGGAAACGACUGGACGAGGUCGCUGAAGUCAAAUCUGACGAGCGACGAGAGCGGACACAUCGACGACGAGAUGCGGAUGUUGACAGUCUGGAUGGAUUCGCGUUGGAUGCCCCUGUGCAGAAACGCAGUGAUCACGGCAGAUCUCAUAGACGACACCAUCGACGGCACAGAAGUCGAUCACGAGAUAGACGAGGAUAA